GCGCGGCCAUUAUCAUCGGCCUCAGCCAGGUGAAGUAUUUCCUCGGCUACGACCUGCCGAAGUCCCAGGUCGUCUACGUUACGGUCCACAACAUCAUCCUGAGGUUGGGAGAGACGAACGGGAUGACGCUGUUCCUUGGCCUCACUUGGUUCAUCUACCUCUACGGGAACAAGCAGCUCGCGAAGAAGUACAAGCUCUCCCUGAUGGGCGCGAUGGGGCCCCUCAUCAGCUGUGUCGUCGGCAUCCUGCUGCUGUGGCUCGUCGAGCCGCUGCGGCACGACUUCCACGUGAAGUACAUCGGCUCCAUCCCGUCCGGCUUCCCCCCGAUGAGCAUCCACCUCUGGGACCUCGGGAAG